GCUGAGGUGGAGGAGACUCUGAAGCGAAUCCAGAGCCAGAAGGGCGUGCAGGGAAUCAUCGUGGUGAAUUCUGAAGGGAUUCCCAUCAAGAGCACCAUAGACAACGCCACCACCAUCCAGUACGCCGGGCUCAUGCACAGCUUCAUCAUGAAGGCCCGAAGCACCGUGCGCGACAUCGACCCCCAGAACGACCUCACCUUCCUGCGCAUCCGCUCCAAGAAAAACGAAAUCAUGGUUGCUCCAGAUAAAGACUAUUUCCUGAUUGUCAUCCAGAAUCCAACUGAAUGAUUACACUGACUCAGUCUGGUUUAUUCUCUUUGCCUGUUUUAUUUUCCCUGUUUUAUUUUUUAUUUAAUGGUAAAAGAUAGAGCAUUAGUGUUAACUGUGCUGUGACUCUUCAGUAAGGUUUGGGGAAAUUAAAGCAGGUGGUUUUGUUGUCUACAAACAGAAAAAAUGUUGCUUUUUGUAUCACAAGUCAUUUUGAGUGGGAGCUGGUGAGUUGGAAUUGGGCAGCAAAAAAUGCAACAGAUUCUUUUAAUAGCUAAGAUAAUAUAAUAAAAUUCUAAUAAUUACCAAAAAUCCCUUUCUUUGUAUGCUUCUGUGCUUCUUUCACCACUGAGCUCUGCUUUUACACUCUUAGUUUUGAGUGGCUGUAAAUAUGACUGCCUGUCCUCUAGUUCUGUCUUACUCUGUUGGUUUUACUUCAAAAAAAUCUGACCAAAAGAAAUUAAAAAGUGUCACCAGUAA